AUGAAUCCCGACAAGUUCACCGAUAAAACAAAUCAAACCAUUUCCGACGCUUUUCAUCUCGCCAAAGAAAAUUCACACAUUUAUAUUUCUCCUCUUCAUGUUGCUUGCGUCAUUUUCGAUCCAGAUGAUUCUCAAUCUCUUGGAAAUUUAGUUUGUAAGAAAUUAAGCAGCACCAGCGGCGUAGGAGGAACAGCUACCAAGGGAGCCAGUGCCACUCCACUCAAUAUUGACUGUGCUAAAAUUCAAAAAGAACUCAAGUCGAGUAUGCAAACUAAAAUUGCUUCUCAAUCACCACCAGUGCAAGAUUUAGCACCCAAUAGAAGAUUAGUGACAGUACUACAGAAUGCCGAUACCAUCAGAGAACAAUUAGGUGACCAUUUGUUAGCUGUCGACCAUGUAUUAUUGGCUCUCAUGGAUGAUACUGAUGUCAAUAGUGCCAUUUCUAAAGCUACCGGUAAUGCCUUAACUAAAACCGUGCUAAAAGAUGUACUUUCUCAGAUUAGAGGUGGAAAGAAGGUCGAAUCCAAACAAGCAGAAUCCGGCUAUGAUGCAUUGAAUCGAUAUGGUUUGGAUUUGGUCGAACGAGCACGAGAAGGUAAAUUGGAUCCAGUGGUUGGAAGAGACAAGGAAAUUGCUAGAACCAUUCGAAUUCUAUCGAGAAGAACCAAGAACAAUCCAGUCUUGUUAGGUCCUCCUGGUGUUGGUAAAACAGCCAUCGUGGAGGGUAUCGCAAUGAGAAUUGCUAAAGGUGACAUUCCUCAAAAUUUGAAAUGCAAACUAUUUGCCAUAGAUUUAGCCUCAAUGAUUAGUGGCAGUAAAUACAGAGGUGAAUUAGAAGAACGAGUGAAAGCUCUCUUAAAAGAGGUUGAAGAAAAUCACAAUGAUAUCAUUCUCUUCAUUGACGAAAUUCACACCAUUGUUGGAGCUGGUGCCACAGGAGAAGGCAGCAUGGAUAUUGCCAACAUGAUCAAACCCUUAUUGGCACGUGGAAUGUUGAGAUUAAUUGGUGCUACCACACUUGGUGAAUACAAGAAGUAUAUUGAAAAGGAUGCUGCUUUUGAGCGUCGAUUCCAACCUGUAUUCGUUGAAGAACCAUCUGUGCAAGAAACCAUUUCCAUAUUGAGAGGUUUGAAAGAUCGUUAUGAAGCUCAUCAUGGUGUUCGUAUUUUGGAUGCUGCAUUGGUGCAGGCAGCUCGUCUCUCUUCUCGUUACAUUUCAGGAAGAUUUAAUCCAGAUAAGAGUAUUGAUUUGAUUGAUGAAGCAUGUUCCUCCAUUCGUGUGCAAUUAGAUAGCAGACCUGAAGCCAUUGAUACCUUAGAACGAAGAAAAUUACAACUUGAAGUAGAAGCUACUGCCUUAGAAAAGGAAAAGAACUUUGAAGAUGAAAAGACCAAACAACGAUUAGAAGAAGUCAAACGAGAAAUAUCCAAAAUUGAUGAAGAAUUGAAACCACUGAUUUUAAAGUUUGAAGCUGAACGAUCUCUUGUGAAUGAAUUGAGAGAAAAGAAUCAAAAACUUGAGAGAUUGAAAGCCAAAAUGGUGGAUGCAGAGGCACGUUACGAUCUCGCUUUGGCUUCUGAUUUGAAAUAUGGUGCCAUUCCUGAAUUGGAAGAAUCCAUCAAACAACUCAAGAAACGAAUUGAACAACAAGAAGAAGAAGAUGUGAAAACUGGAGGUGGAAACAAACUUGUGAGUGAUAUUGUAGGUCCAGAACAAAUCAAUGAAGUGGUUUCAAGAUGGACUGGAAUUCCUGUUGAAAAACUCAAUGAAACUGAGAAGGAUAAAAUCCUUAAACUUGAAGAUCGUUUGAAAAAGAGAGUCAUUGGUCAAGACGAAGCCAUUGCAUCUCUCUCUGAAGCUAUCAUUCGAUCGAGAAGUGGAUUAAGCGAUCCCAAUAAGCCCAUUGGAUCCUUCUUAUUCUGUGGUAUGACAGGUACUGGUAAAACUCAACUUGCAAAGGCCAUUGCCAAAGAAUUAUUCGAUGAUGAGAAACACAUGAUUCGUAUUGAUAUGAGUGAAUACAUGGAAGAACAUUCAGUUUCGAAACUCAUUGGAGCUCCUCCAGGUUAUGUUGGUUACGAUCGCGAUUCACAAUUGACAGAGCCUGUCCGAAGAAGACCAUACACAGUGGUACUAUUCGAUGAAGUUGAAAAAGCUCAUCCACGUGUAUUGAAUGUUCUUCUUCAGCUACUCGAUGAAGGAAGAUUAACAGAUUCUCAAGGAAGAACAGUGGAUUUCAAGAAUACUGUGAUCAUUCUCACCUCCAAUAUUGGAUCUCAUCUCUUCCUGAAUAUGAAUGAAAGUAACAGACAACAAGUGAAGAAGCAAGUGAUGGAUCUCAUCAAAAAACACUUCUCACCAGAGUUCUUGAAUCGUUUGGAUGACAUUUUGUUCUUCUCUCCUCUCACUCAAAAACACUUGAUGGAUGUUGUGAGAUUGCAAUUGGAUAAAAUCACAGAAAGACUUCAAGAAAGGGACAUUACCAUUGAUUUGAGAGAUUCUGCAUGUGAAUUAAUUGUUAAGGAAGCAUAUGAUCCAAGCUAUGGUGCUCGACCAAUGCAAAGAUAUAUUCAGAAAUUUAUUGUGACCGAGUUGAGCAAGUUAAUGUUGAAGGGUGAAUUGAAAGAUGGUAAUCAUGUCAUUGUUCAAGGUGUCGAUGGAACAUUUAGAUUCACCGUAUUGCCAGAUCGAUCUGGUGAGGAUGGAGUAAGUAGAAAUAAGAAGUCUAAACUGUAA